GUCGCACACUCUGCGAACCUCAACCCUUCUCUUUUUCUUCGUUUCUGCGGGCAAUGUCGCUUUGCUUUGGGACAUUAUCGAUCCAGUUCUAGAAUUUAGACCUUUCAAAGCUAUUAGUUCAUUGAUAUUUCAGUUCAGUGUUUCUAAGCUGCUAUGAUCUAGAUUGAUUUCAAUCGUAUCCAAAUCCGACUGUCAUGAUCUGGAGCUCUUCUGCUUAUGUCUAACAUGCGUUGAUGGUUGCUUAAUUAGAUCGAAGGAUGGCGGUGCGCUCUCGUUGUAUGUUCUCUGAAAUUUGGUCUCAAAUGUGGAGGCAUAAUCGAGCAGUUGAAUGGGCAGAUUUAGGCUUUGUUGGUUUCUGUCCUGAAAGACAGAUCUCUGUUUGGAAUGGACGCUCCAAACAGCUUGAGGAUAUGAGCAUCAAAUAGGGAAAGCCAAAUCUUAUUUGUUUCUCAAAUGAACCAUGCGGAUCUGGGUAAAUAGAGUUCAGAAGUCACAUCCCCGAUUCACUUUUCAUCUAAUAUGAACUUUUGGGUGACCCAAUAUGAACUUUUGGAUGACCCACCACCUAACUUCUAAUUGCCUGAAGUUUGUACUAUCACAUUUCUUGUAAGCCAAUUCUUCUGGUAAUCAAGGAGGCCAAGAACCAAAGCAAGAGGUCGGCUUUUAUCGUGGAUUAGGAAACACAGAACAGUCUUAACGCUUCCAUUUUAAUUCAAGCAUAUAGGGGCACUAGCAUUGCUCCAAUCUGCAAGAAAAAGCAAAAUAUGACAACCCUUUUGAUAGUAUUCAAAUUGGAAUUGCUUGACGGAAGCUAAUUGCUGCCAAUUGCUCAUUUGUUUAAUGAGCAGAGACUUAAAUUGUUUGUUUGGUUGGAUGUCUUGGCUUUCCUUAGAAUUUACUUGUAAAUCUGAUUAGUUCGUAUAAAUGAGGAAGGCAUGUACCUGCUGCUUCACAAGCCGAUCUCCCAACAUCAAUCAUCAGAAUCCCAACAGUGACAAGCCUUCUCAGAGUGCUGUUGUGACCAUGGAAACCACGCAGAAGAACAAUGCCAAUGAUGUUUCAGGGGCUGUUAAAGAGAACUCGGCCAAACUAAGCCCUCCACGUGCUGCUAAUAUCUUACUGAACCAUGACUUCUCAAUGGGACUGCAACAUUGGCACCCCAACUUCUGUAAUGCAACUUUGGCCGAGAUAAAUUAUCAGGAGGAAGCAUCCAUCAAUUCACGUGUUAAGUAUGCUGUUGUGAAGGAUCGGAAUGAAUGCUGGCAGGGACUGGAACAGGAAAUCACCAACAAGAUUUCCCCAGGUAUUACUUAUUCAGUUUCAGCAAAUGUUGGAGUGUCAGGAUCUCUUCAUGGAUCUGCUGAUGUCCUAGCAACUUUAAAGCUAGUACAUGAAGAUGCUGCUACUAGCUAUUUGUGCAUUGGAAGAACUUCUGUGUCGAAAGAGAAGUGGGAGAAGUUGGAAGGGACAUUCUCCCUUCCAACCAUGCCAGACCGUGUUGUAUUCUAUCUGGAAGGGCCUUCUCCAGGUAUUGAUUUGCUCAUACGGUCAGUCGAGAUUACCUGUGCCAGUCCUAACGAAUUGGAGGCUGGAAGUGCCAAUGCUGACGAUGAGAAUAUUAUUCUAAACCCAAGAUUUGACGAUAACCUCAACAAUUGGUCUGGAAGAGGAUGCAAAAUUGCUCUGCACGAUUCAAUGGGAAAUGGAAAAGUUCUCCCACAGUCUGGUAAGUAUUUUGCCUCUGCAACUGAGCGCACACAGAGCUGGAACGGGAUUCAGCAGGACAUCACAGCAAGGGUGCAGCGAAAGCUUGCCUAUGAUGUGGCCGCUGUUGUUCGUGUAUUUGGCAACAAUAUCACCACUACUGAUGUACGGGCUACUUUAUGGGUGCAAACACCUAAUUCUCGUGAACAAUACAUCGGAAUUGCCAAUGUGAAGGCAACAGAUAAGGACUGGAUACAAUUACAGGGAAAGUUUCUUUUAAAUGCUUCCCCAUCAAAGGUUGUCAUCUAUAUUGAAGGUCCACCUUCAGGAGUUGAUAUUCUCAUUGAUAGUUUUGUUGUCAAGCAUGCACAAAAGAUUCCUCCUUCACCUCCACCAAUUGUUGAGAAUCCAGCCUAUGGAGUCAACAUAAUCGAGAACAGCAAUCUAAGUAAUGGCACCAAUGGAUGGUUUCCCCUUGGAAGUUGUACACUAAAUGUUGGAAUGGGGUCGCCUCAUAUCGUUCCUCCUAUGGCCCGAGACUCCCUUGGCCCUUCUGAACCUCUUAGUGGCCGCUACAUCCUCGUGACAAAUCGCUCGCAGACUUGGAUGGGUCCUGCUCAGAUGAUAACUGAUAAGGUGAAACUCUUUCUAACAUACCAAGUGUCUGCUUGGGUAAAGAUUGGCUCCGGGGCAACUGGUCCUCAAAAUGUCAACGUUGCACUUGGAGUGGAUAACCAAUGGGUCAAUGGAGGGCAAGUCGAGAUCAGUGAUGCUCGAUGGCAUGAAAUUGGGGGUUCCUUUAGGAUUGAGAAGCAAGCAGCAAAGAUUAUGGUUUACAUACAAGGUCCUUCUCCAAAUGUCGACUUAAUGGUCGCGGGACUUCAAAUUUUCCCUGUUGACCACCAUGCAAGGUUAAGAUAUUUGAGGUCACAGACAGAUAAGGUCCGCAGGCGUGACAUCACCCUCAAGUUCUCAGGAUCUAGCUCUAGUGGCUCGUUUAUAAAAGUCAGACAAAUGCAGAACAGUUUUCCUUUUGGGACUUGUAUUAGUAGAUCAAACAUUGACAACGAAGAUUUUGUCAAAUUCUUCGUGAAGAAUUUUAACUGGGCUGUGUUUGGAAAUGAGCUCAAGUGGUAUUGGACAGAGUCACAGCAAGGAAAAUUAAACUAUAUGGACGCCGAUGAGUUACUGGAUUUAUGCAAGAGCCACAACAUAGAGACUCGUGGUCACUGCAUCUUCUGGGAAGUGCAGGACACCGUACAACAAUGGGUUCAAUCCUUGAACAAGAAUGAUAUGAUGGCUGCUGUUCAAAACCGCCUUACAGGACUAUUGACACGCUACAAGGGAAAGUUCAAGCACUAUGAUGUCAACAAUGAGAUGUUGCACGGAUCAUUCUAUCAAGAUCAUCUCGGCAAAGAUAUUCGAGCGGACAUGUUCAAGAACGCUAACAAACUCGAUCCAUCAGCUCUCCUAUUCGUGAAUGACUAUCACGUCGAGGAUGGAUGUGACACCAGAUCUUCUCCAGAGAAGUACAUCCAGCAAAUUCUUCAACUGCAAGAGCAAGGCGCUCCAGUGGGAGGAGUUGGGAUCCAAGGGCAUAUCGAUAGUCCAGUGGGACCAGUUGUUAGUUCUGCUUUAGACAAAAUGGGAAUUCUUGGCCUUCCAGUCUGGUUCACAGAACUCGACGUGUCGUCCAUCAAUGAACACAUUAGAGCCAAUGAUUUGGAAGUGAUGCUUCGAGAAGCUUUUGCUCAUCCCGCAGUAGAAGGUAUAGUGCUAUGGGGAUUCUGGGAGCUGUUCAUGAGCCGGGACAAUUCUCAUUUAGUGAAUGCAGAAGGCGACAUCAACGAAGCUGGCAAACGAUACCUUUCUCUGAAACACGAAUGGCUUUCUCAUGCAAGUGGGCAGAUGGAUGAGAAAAAUGAAUUCAAAUUUCGAGGGUUUCAGGGAACAUACAACGUGCAGAUUGUGAAUGGCAGCUCUAAGAAAAUCACUAAGACAUUUGUGGUGGAAAAGGGGGAUGCACCUGUGGUGAUAUCUAUAGAUCUGUGAAGCUGCACUGCCUUUUCAUCUCCAAAGAUGUGGGGUUAUAAAAUAAAAAGUUUCCCAUUAUGAUGUGUGUGUGAUUUGUAAUCUGUUAGUUCCAAUGAAGAUGAUAAAUACACGUGUGCUAUUGUUGGUUUCGUUGUGAA